CCUGGAAGUUCUCAGCCAGAAGAAAAUGUACAGAAAGUACCACGCCAGACCCAAUUUCAGGCAGAUGAAGCUGGAGAACGUGUCCGUCGCGCUAGAGUUUUUAGAACGGGAACACAUCAAACUAGUGUCUAUAGAUAGUAAAGCUAUAGUGGACGGCAACUUAAAACUGAUCCUGGGGCUCAUAUGGACCCUUAUCCUGCACUACUCCAUUUCCAUGCCCAUGUGGGAGGAUGAGGACGAUGAAGAUGCCAGGAAGCUGACACCCAAACAGCGCCUUCUGGGCUGGAUCCAGAACAAGGUCCCCCAGCUGACCAUCAACAACUUCCACAGGGACUGGAGAGAUGGCAAAGCCCUCGGUGCCCUGGUGGAUAAUUGCGCACCUGGCCUGUGUCCGGACUGGGAGACAUGGGACCCGAGUCAGCCAGUGGAGAAUGCAAGAGAAGCCAUGCAACAAGCCGACGACUGGCUCGGUGUGCCUCAGGUGAUUGCUCCAGAGGAGAUUGUGGAUCCUAACGUAGACGAGCACUCAGUGAUGACCUACCUGUCUCAGUUCCCCAAAGCCAAACUCAAACCUGGUGCCCCACUGCGAUCUAAAACCCUGCACCCCAAGAGAGCCAAGGCCUACGGCCCAGGUAUUGAGCCCAAAGGUAACGUUGUGUUGAGGCCAGCUGAGUUUGUGGUGGAGACUGUGGAGGCCGGGCUUGGAGAGGUGUUGGUGUACAUUGAGGAUCCAGAGGGCCACACAGAAGAGGCCAGAGUAAUUCCCAACAAUGACAGGAACAGGAGCUACUCUGUGGUCUAUGUCCCAAAAGUGGAGGGUCUGCAUAAGGUGAAGGUGUUGUUUGCUGGACAGGACAUUGACAGAAGCCCUUUCCUGGUAAAUGUGUCUAAAGCACUGGGAGACCCGAACAAGGUGCAGGCCCGUGGGCCAGGUUUGGAACCGGUGGGCAAUGUGGCCAAUAAACCCACCUAUUUUGACAUCUACACAGCAGGUGCAGGAGCUGGUGAUGUCGGUGUGAUCAUUGUGGACUCUCAGGGCCGCAGAGACACAGUGGAGAUCAUUCUGGAAAACAAGGGCGACAGUGUUUUCCGCUGCACUUACUGCCCCAUUCUGGAGGGCCCUCAUACUAUAUAUGUGACAUUUGCUGGCCAGCAGAUACCAAGAAGCCCUUUCAGUGUCCACAUCUCAGAGGCUCCUCCGAGCGGCCGGCAGAUCGGCUCCCCGGUUCACAUAAUCCCUCAGUCUAUACGCACGCCGCCCUCAGAAAAGGCCAAGAAAAUGCCUCCCCCAACACCACCCAAACCCAGGCGACCAACGAGUAACCCGAAUGCCUGUCGGGCCAUUGGGCGUGGCCUGCAGCCCAAGGGUGUGCGUGUGAAGGAGGUGGCCGACUUUAAGGUGUACACAAAGGGAGCAGGCAGUGGAGAACUACGUGUUCAAGUCAAAGGGCCAAGAGGUGGCGAUGAGCCUGUGAAGGUGCAAGACCUGGGAGACGGUGUGUACGAAUGUGAUUACUACCCCAUUUUCACUGGAAAAUACAUUAUCACCAUUACUUGGGGUGGCCACGCCAUUCCCCGUAGCCCAUUUGAGGUGAUCAUAAGUGAAGAUGCAGGCUCUCAGAAGGUGAGGGCUUGGGGUCCAGGCCUGGAGACGGGCAUUGUGGGCAAAUCAGCUGACUUUGUGGUCGAGGCCAUUGGCACUGAGGUUGGAACUCUGGGUUUCUCCAUCGAAGGCCCCUCACAGGCUAAGAUAGAGUGUGAUGAUAAGGGAGAUGGAUCUUGUGAUGUUUUGUACUGGCCCACCGAGCCUGGUGACUAUGCGGUCCAUGUCAUUUGUGAUGAUGAAGAUAUCAAAGACAGCCCCUUCAUGGCCCACAUCCUCCCUGCAGCCAAUGACGUCUUCCCUGAGAAGGUUAAGUGCUACGGCCCUGGGCUAGAACCAACUGGGUGCAUUGUAAACAAACCUGCAGAAUUUACAAUUGACUCCAGUGGAGCUGGAAGAGGACAUCUACAGAUUUACGCUCAGGACUCAGAAGGCUUCCCCAUCAACAUCCAGAUCACAGAUAAUGGUGACAGCACAUAUUUCUGCGUCUACAUACCCACCAAGCCCAUCAAACACACUAUCAUCAUCACCUGGGGAGAGGUCAACGUUCCCAAUAGUUCAUUCAGGGUAACCAUUGGAGAAGGCAGUCACCCAGAGAACGUGAAGGUUCAUGGACCAGGAGUGGAGAAGACUGGCUUGAAGGCCAAUGAACCCACAUACUUUACUGUGGAUUGCAGCGAGGCUGGACAAGGAGAUGUCAGCAUUGGGAUUAAGUGUGCUCCUGGCGUGGUGGGACCUGCUGAAGCAGAUAUUGAUUUUGACAUCAUUAAAAAUGACAAUGACACAUUCACAGUGAAGUAUACACCUCCUGGAGCUGGACGCUACACCAUCAUGGUGCUAUUUGCUGAUCAAGAAAUUCCAAUUAGCCCCUUCCGUAUCAAAGUCGAUCCAUCCCAUGAUGCCAAUAAGGUGAAAGCAGAGGGUCCUGGACUCAACAAGACCGGUGUGGAAGUGGGCAAGCCGACCCACUUCACCAUCUACACUAAAGGAGCAGGCAAGGCCACGCCUGAGGUUCACUUCACCACAGCUGGGAAAGGAGAAGCCGUCAGUGACUUUGAGAUCAUUGAUAACCACGACUAUUCUUUCACUGUGCGUUACACUGCAUUACAGCAGGGUAACAUGAGCAUAUCUGUGUGCCAUGGCGGUGACCCCAUCCCCAAAAGCCCUUUUACCAUCACUGUUGCUCCUCCUUUGGAUAUCAACAAGGUCAAAGUUCAAGGACUCAACAACAAAGUGGAUGUAGGGAAAGAUGAGGAGUUUACCAUUAAUGCACGCGGCGCAGGAGGUCAAGGAAAGGUGGACGUCAAGAUUACCUCACCUUCUCGCCGACCAAUCCCUUGCAAGGUUGAAUCUGGAGCAUCCAAUGAGGUGCACACUGUUAAGUAUAUUCCCCCCGAAGAGGGGCCCUACAAAGUGGACAUCAGCUAUGAUGGAAACCCCGUGCCUGGAAGUCCUUUCACGGUGGAGGGAGUGAUGCCUCCAGAUCCCUCAAAGGUGCGAGCCAACGGCCCUGGCCUGAAGGGAGGUAUUGUGGGUAAACCCGCUCCAUUUGCCAUCGACACCAAAGGUGCAGGUACAGGGGGUCUCGGGCUGACUGUGGAGGGCCCGUGUGAAGCCAAGAUCGAGUGCCAGGACAACGGCGACGGAUCUUGCUCAGUGUCCUAUCUGCCCACUGAGCCUGGAGAGUAUUCCAUUAACAUCAUGUUUGCUGAUGCUCACAUCCCUGGUUCUCCAUUCAAAGCCAUGGUUCAGUCUGUCUUUGACCCCAGCAAGGUCACAGCUAGCGGACCAGGGCUGGAGAGAGGAAAGGUCAACGAAGCGGCGUCGUUCACGGUGGACUGCUCUAAAGCAGGCGAGGCGGAGUUGACCAUCGAAAUUAUUUCAGAUUCAGGAGCGCAGGCUGAGGUUCAUGUGCAGAAUAACAGCGAUGGAACAUAUUCUAUCACCUACAUUCCUCCUUUCCACGGAAUGUACACCAUCACGAUUAAAUAUGGAGGACAUGCAGUGCCGAAGUUCCCUGCAAGGGUGCAGGUAGAUCCUGCUCUCGAUACCAGCGGAAUCAAGGUCUACGGUCCAGGAGUGGAACCCAGAGGGGUACUCCGAGAGGUCACUACACACUUUGUCGUUGACACUCGGGUUCACAGCAAGAUGGGUGGAAACCACAUCAAAGUUCGUAUUGUUAACCCAUCAGGUGCCAACACUGAUGCGUUCACCACCGACAAAGGAGAUGGCACUUACAGAGUGGAAUAUACAGCAUAUGAGGAUGGUGUGCAUCUGUUAGAGGUGCUGUAUGAUGACGUACCUGUCCCCAAGAGCCCGUUUAGGGUGGCGGUAACCGAAGGUUGUGAUCCCAGCCGUGUACGUGCCUACGGUCCCGGUCUGGAAGAGGGUCUGGUCAACAAACCCAACCGCUUCACUGUGGAAACCAGGGGUGCUGGCACGGGUGGUCUUGGAUUGGCUAUCGAGGGUCCAUCAGAAGCUAAGAUGUCUUGUAAAGAUAACAAAGAUGGCAGCUGUAGCGUGGAGUAUAUUCCUUUCACUCCUGGAGAAUAUGACGUCAACAUCACUUUCGGAGGUCUGCCUAUCCCAGGUAGUCCAUUCAGGGUGCCUGUGAGGGAGCUGGUGGAUCCUAGUAAGGUGAAGUGUUCUGGUCCUGGUUUGGGCAGUGGAGUUAGAGCCCACGUUCCUCAGACCUUCACCGUGGACUGCAGCAAAGCUGGACUCGCCCCACUGGAGGUGCUGCUGUAUGGACCUACAGGUGUGACAGAGCCAGUGAAUAUCACAGACAAUGGUGAUGGCACACACACGGUGAUCUACACUCCUACUAAAGAUGGACCGUACACUGUGUGUGUCAAAUAUGCAGACCAAGAAGUGCCACGCAGUUCAUUUAAGAUCAAGGUGUUGCCUGCUCAUGAUGCCAGUAAAGUCCGUGCCAGCGGUCCUGGACUGAACACUUCCGGGGUUCCCGCCAGCCUGCCGGUGGAGUUCACCAUCGAUGCCCGUGACGCAGGCGAGGGUCUUCUUACUGUACAGAUACUGGACCCAGAAGGAAAACCAAAGAAAGCAAACAUUCGAGAUAACAGAGACGGAACAUACACCGUGUCCUACGUCCCAGAUAUGACAGGACGCUACACUAUUACAAUCAAAUAUGGCGGAGAUGAGAUCCCAUACUCCCCCUACCGCAUACAUGCUCUGCCCAGUGGAGAUGCCAGCAAAUGUCUUGUGACAGUGUCGAUUGGUGGACACGGAUUGGGCUCUGGGCUCGGACCUACUAUUCAAAUCGGCGAGGAGACCGUUAUCACUGUGGAUACAAAGGCUGCUGGGAAGGGGAAGGUCACCUGCAAAGUGUCAACUCCAGACGGGGCGGAGCUAGACGUGGAUGUGGUGGAGAACGCGGACGGGACAUUUGAUAUCUAUUAUACCGCUCCAGAACCUGGGAAAUACGUCAUCACCAUCCGCUUUGGAGGAGAGCACAUUCCUAACAGCCCCUUCCAUGUGGUGGCCACGGAGGAACCAGUCACUGCAGUGGACGCCAUGGAGCCAAUGCUUCGCCCGUUCAAUCUGGUCAUUCCAUUUACUGUACAAAAGGGGGAGAUUACAGGUGAGGUACAUAUGUCCUCUGGUAAAACCGCCCGUCCUCACAUCACUGAUAACAAGGACGGGACUGUGACGGUCAAAUAUGCCCCCACCGAGAAGGGCCUACAUGAGAUGGACAUCAAAUAUGAUGGGAAUCACAUUCCAGGAAGUCCACUGCAGUUCUAUGUAGAUGCCAUUAACAGCGGGCAUGUGAAUGCAUAUGGCCCUGGUCUGAGUCAUGGCAUGGUCAACAAAUCCGCCACCUUCACAAUCGUCACUAAGGAUGCUGGAGAAGGUGGUCUGUCUUUGGCAGUGGAAGGCCCCUCUAAGGCAGAGAUCAGCUGUAAGGAUAAUAAAGAUGGCACCUGCACUGUGUCCUACCUGCCAACAGCCCCAGGAGACUAUAAUAUAAUCGUCAAGUUUGAUGACAAGCACAUCGCUGGAAGCCCCUUUACAGCCAAGAUCACAGGUGAUGACUCCAUGAGGACAUCCCAGCUGAACGUUGGCACGGCCACAGACGUGUCACUGAAGAUCACAGAGACGGACCUGAGCUCCCUGACCGCGAGCAUCAGAGCCCCAUCUGGCAACGAGGAGCCCUGCCUGCUGAAGAGACUGCCAAACCGCCACAUUGGAAUAUCCUUCACUCCUAAAGAGGUGGGUGAGCAUGUGGUCAGCGUGAAGAAGAAUGGAAAACACGUGACCAACAGCCCAUUCAAGAUCAUGGUGGGCCAGUCUGAGAUCGGAGAUGCCAGUAAGGUGAAGGUGUUUGGGAAAGGACUGAUAGAAGGACACACCUUUGAAGUGGCUGAGUUCAUCGUGGACACCAGAAGUGCAGGUUAUGGAGGUCUCGGUCUGUCCAUCGAGGGGCCCAGCAAAGUUGACAUUAACUGUUCGGAUGUGGACGACGGAACAUGCAAAGUGACCUACUGCCCAACCGAACCCGGAACUUACAUCAUCAACAUCAAAUUCGCCGACCAACAUGUGCCAGGAAGUCCAUUUACAGUGAAGGUUCUGGGUGAGGGAAGAAUGAAGGAGAGUAUCACCAGAAAGAGGCAGGCGCCCUCUAUUGCCACGGUGGGCAGCACUUGCGACCUCAACCUCAAGAUUCCAGGGAACUGGUUUCAGAUGGUUUCGGCCCAAGAGCGACUCACCCGUACCUUCACACGCAGCAGCCACACCUACACGUGUACGGAGCGCACCGAGAUCAGCAAGACCCGUGCUGGCGAGACCAAACGGGAAGUGCGGGUGGAAGAGAGCACCCAGGUGGGGGGUGAUCCCUUCAGGGAUGUUUUCGGUGGAUUUCUGGGCAGGGAGAAGCUGGGACCCUUCAGCAGUGCCCAGGGCCGACAAUCAGAGGGUGAAUCAGGUACGCAGGAAAUGACCGCACAGGUGACGAGUCCCAGCGGUAACACAGAGGAUGCUGAGAUCAUAGAAGGAGAGGACAGCACCUAUAGUGUGCGUUUUGUGCCUCAGGAGAUGGGCCCCCACACUGUCAAUGUCAAAUACAGGGGACAGCAUGUCCCUGGAAGCCCCUUCCAGUUCACUGUGGGGCCCCUGGGAGAGGGAGGGGCCCAUAAGGUUCGGGCUGGUGGUACUGGAUUGGACAGGGGUGUGGCUGGAGUUCCAGCUGAGUUCAGUAUCUGGACCCGUGAGGCCGGUGCUGGCGGUUUGUCCAUAGCUGUUGAGGGGCCCAGCAAAGCAGAGAUUUCCUUUGAGGACAGGAAGGAUGGUUCCUGUGGGGUGACCUAUGUAGUACAGGAACCUGGUGACUAUGAGGUGUCAAUCAAAUUUAACGAUGAGCAUAUCCCAGACAGCCCGUUCAUUGUUCCUAUUGCAUCAGUGUCAGAUGACGCCCGCCUACUUACCGUCACCAGCCUGCAGGAGAUGGGUCUGAAGGUGAACCAAGAGGCCUCGUUUGCCGUGCAGCUGAACGGAGCGAGAGGGGCAAUUGAUGCUAAGGUGCACACACCAUCUGGAGCAGUGGAGGAGUGUUACAUCACUGAGCUAGACAAUGAUAAGCAUGCCAUACGGUUUAUUCCACGGGAGAACGGCGUCCACUCCAUCGAUGUCCGUUUUAAUGGGAGUCACAUCCCAGGCAGUCCCUUCAAGAUCCGUGUUGGGGAACCCGGCCAGGCAGGAGAUCCAGGAAUGGUGACGGCUUUUGGGCCUGGCCUAGAGGGGGGAACUACAGGUGUACCCUCAGAUUUCAUUGUAAACACGUGUAACGCUGGCUCAGGAGCUCUGUCGGUCACCAUCGACGGCCCAUCGAAGGUGAAGAUGGAUUGUCAGGAGUGUCCAGAAGGAUACAAGGUCACCUACACACCCAUGGCUCCCGGCAGCUACCUCAUCUCCAUCAAAUAUGGAGGACCGCAGCAUAUCGUGGGCAGCCCCUUCAAAGCCAAAGUCUCUGGUGCACGUCUGUCCGGAGGACACUCUCUACACGAAACAUCAUCGGUUCUGGUGGAAACGGUGAUGAAAUCAUCAUCGUCAGUGGCCGGAUCUUUCUCUACUCUGCCAAAGUUCUCGUCCGACGCCAGUAAGGUGAUCUCCAGGGGGGCCGGACUCUCCAAAGCCUUCAUUGGCCAGAAGAACACCUUCACGGUGGACUGCAGUAAAGCAGGGACAAACAUGUUAAUGGUAGGAGUGCACGGGCCAAAGACUCCCUGUGAGGAAGUGUACGUCAAACACAUGGGCAACAGAAUGUACAAUGUCACAUACACAGUGAAGGAGAAAGGCGACUACAUCCUGAUAGUCAAAUGGGGAGAAGAAAUGGUGCCCGGAAGCCCUUUCCACGUCACCGUGCCUUAAAGACUGUCUUUAAACCCUCUCCACUAUGCAAAGACUCUACUGAUCGUCCUGGGAAAGAGAGGGGACUCACCGACAAUGCCUUUUCAUGACAUAUUAAUCAAGAAAACGUCUUUGUCUUCUUUAUCUGCAUAUGCUUUAUCCAAAGUCCAUUAUGUGCUCAUUUCACACUCGGAAAUGUACCGUAAUAUUUUUUUGUAUUUUAGAUGUUGUGAGACUAGAGAAUGUUUGAUGGAGAAGAGAAGUGAAUGAUGAAAUGCUCAUUUGAAGAUGCUACAUGCUAAAAACACAUCCAUCUUGUUACCAAAAUUACUGUCCGGACCAUUUACAGACAUAAUUUACCACUAAAACUGGUCUUAUUUUUUAUGAUGGAAUAACAUGAAUUAGUCUGGACUAGGUUUGAAGCCAGUCCUGAUCAAAGGCUUAGUUUGAACAACCUGAUGU